GAGUUUGUAGGCUUUGGGUUGUUGGUGACAUUGGUAGCCAAUGAUUGGUUAAAAGGAAGUUUGUGGCUACCAAAAUAAGAAAGAAAAAAAAGAAAAAGAGAAAAAAACGAAACGGACGUGUGGACUGUAUGUAUGUAUCAAAAUUUUAAUUGAGAGAUACGGAGAGACAGAUGACAUAGGGGAAAGAGAGAAGAGAUGAGAUGAGAUGGAGGUAGUCUAUCUAUUGUGCUCCAUAAUCUCCACCUUCUUCACUUCCCUCACCUUCUCUUUCCUCCUCCUCCUCCGCACUCUGCUCCACCGCUUCUUCUCUCCCCACCGACCAUCUUCUUCUUCUUCUUCUUCUUCUUCUUCUUUCUCCAAAGUUUCUGAAUCUGUCUCUCUCUUUGAAGGUACCGUCCGUCACGAGCGCCGCCGACCACUCCACCACUCUUUCCGCUACGCCGUCCGCUAUGCCCUCAUUGACCUUGACCAUGCCGACCACCCCCCGCCCAACAACCACCUCUCUGCCCACGAAGCUCGCCGAAUCGCCGCCACCACUGGACCCGUUUUGCUAUUGACAAUGCCUUCAAAUGUGGGGUAUGAACAAAAUCCAUUGAGUGUUUAUUAUUGCUAUGAUGUACAAGGCACUGAACAGAAUUUGAGAAAGUGCAUUGCCGAGGUAACCAACACUCCAUGGGGUGAAAGAGUGACAUUUGUUUUUAAUCCCCAGCAAGAUUUAGUGGCAAAACCAUUACAUGUCAGUCCUUUUAUGUUCUUGCAGGAUAUGUCUGGGAACUGGAGUAUCAGAGCAAAUGCUCCAGGUGAUAAUUUGUUUGUGGCAAUAACAGUUCAACAUCCUGAGCUUGGUGACUAUUUCACAGCUACAUUGAAUGCCAAAAAGUUGUCCCCAUCUUCAAUGUCUGAUCAUGCAAUAUUCUUCUGGUUGAUGCCUCAUAAAGUUGCAGUGUGGAUAUAUUGGCAUGCCCUUAUGCUUUGGUGGAAAGGCGUGCCAUUUAUUCAACAUCCAAGAUAUACUCACCCUGCAUACAGAGAGGAAGUUUUGGUACGUGAUCGAAAACUUCAAUGCUGUCAGGCUGUUGGGAAUAGUGGGGCUCGUUGUUUUGCUUGGAAAAAUGCUAAGUGGCCUUGGUGUUGAAUAUCAGGGUCAAGGUCUUACUUUCUUACAAUCUUAAACAUGUAUGUAUAUUCCUCGUAUUCUUUUGCUUUCUCAACACCUUGUUAUUUUAUACAUUGGCUUUGGAGUAAGCAAGCAUUAAAAGAAAGUUGUUAAAUAUUCCCGAGUGUUUGCUUAGUAUAAAGAGCUGAGAAACCCAUGCUUUCUUUUGCUAUUUUUAUUAUUGUUAUUAUUAUUAUUAUUUUGGUGGAUAAUAAUUUUGUAUGGGCAUUUGUCGCGGAUCUAAUCUAUGACUUAUUCUUUCUUCCUA